GCGGGCGCAGCCAUGGCGCUGAACCUGGCCAAGAACGGGCGGGCGCUGCAGGAGGCCUACGGGAGCGUGGUGGCCGCGGGCAGCCGAACCGACUGGGCUCUGUUCACCUAUGAAGGCAACAGCAAUGACCUGCGAGUGGCCGGCUCCGGAGAGGGGGGCCUGGAGGAGAUGGUGGAGGAGCUCAACAGCGGGAAGGUGAUGUACGGCUUCUGCCGCGUCCGGGACCCCAACUCGGGGCUGCCCAAAUACGUCCUGGUCAACUGGACAGGUGAAGGUGUCAAUGACGUGAGGAAAGGAGCCUGCGCCAACCACGUCAGCACUGUGGCCAACUUCCUCAAGGGCGCUCACGUCACCAUCAACGCCCGGGCCGAGGAGGACGUGGAGCCCGAGCUGAUCAUGGAGAAGGUGGCCAAGGCCUCGGGGGCCAACUACAGCUUCCACAAGGAGAGCAGCAAGUUCCAGGACUCGGGGCCGCAGGCGCCCGUGGGCUCUGUGUACCAGAAGACAAACGCCAUGUCUGAGAUCAAGAGGGUCAAUAAGGACAAUUUCUGGGCCAAAGCAGAGAAGGACGAGCAGGAGCGGCGGGAGCAGGAGCGGCGGCGCGCGGAGCAGGAGCGGCAGCGCCUGGAGCAGGAGCGGCGCCAGCGGGAGCUGCGGGAGGCGGCGGGGCGGGAGCGGCUCUGCCAGGCCCGCGACAGCGAGAUCGACGCGCACAAGAGACUGCAGCAGCAGCAGGAGGCUGAGAGCAGGGACAGGGAGCAGCAGCAGUGGAAGGAGCGCGCCGACGAGGACGAGGCUCGCCGGGGCGUCAGGAGGAGCCAGUCGGUGGAGAAAGCCCAGGAGGCGGCCACGCUGAUCGCACAGAGAGCCGUCAACCCCCGAGACAUCUUCAAACAAAAGGAGAGAGCGGGGCCGGGGGACACGGGGCUGCCAGCACAGCCAGGCAAGCUGCGCAGCCCGUUCCUGCAGAAGGAGCUGGACCCCGGCCCAGCCUCCCCCAGCAGGGGCGUCUGGGGGUCCCCCCCGGCCUCCCCGGGCCCUGCAGCAGGACGGGACUCCGGCUACAGCUCCGGCGUGCCGGGCUCCCAGGGCGAGGAGAACCUGUACGAGGAGCCCCCCGAGCCCGCGGCCAUCUACGAGGAGCCCCCCCAGGAGCAAGCUGCCGAUGCCAAGUACGACUACAGGGUGGAGUACCAGGAGCCCCCAGACCUGGCGGGGAAGGGGCUCUGUGCCCGGGCCCUCUAUGACUACCAGGCUGCUGACGACACCGAGAUCUCCUUCGACCCCGAGAACAUCAUCACCAACAUUGAGAUGAUCGAUGAGGGCUGGUGGCGCGGCUUCGGCCCCGACGGCCACUUCGGGAUGUUCCCCGCCAACUACGUGGAGCUGAUCGAGUAGGGGGUGCUG